CGCCUGCCAAUGAUCCGUUAUGAGAUCUAGCGCACAUCUAGGUGGACACCGGGCAUCUGUCCCAGGACGCUGUACCACCGCGCUCAAACGUUUAAAAUGCGACCCCAACCGCAAUCCUCGGUGGCCAGACAAAUCAACUACCGCAGGAGGAAAUGUCACGCCAGCAUGCUCGCAGAUCUGUGGUGGAAGAUGUGGUCAUUCCGGCCCAUCUACUGGCUGCCACCACUCAGGCAACUGGUCCCUGGACAACCCAAAGGGACGAGCCAUCUCUGUCUGAGCCUGGUCCGGUUCAGCAGGCCAUCCGUACAGAGGCCUUGGAAAGGCAUUAUGGCCGCCUCCGCCGCUCAGCUAGUGUGAAUAGCUCUCAACCGGAAAAGCCCAGGGAUCUUCACCUCCGACGCCUGAGCGCACCUUUGAGCGUGGCUGAGACAUCUACAAUCGCAGAGUUCGAACCCAUAGAUUACUUCAACAAGGAGGCCCGUGAUAUUCAAGGGCAGCGCACACCGGCCCUGAGUUUUGGUCAGACCGACAUCAGAGUCCAAAACGAACAAUCUGGGAACGGGGAGUUGCCGGCCGGUGACUCCAUUCCGACGGCGAGGGGAGACGCGUGGCCUCUUCCACCCCGGCCUAAAAGCUGCCGGAUAUCCCGCAUUGAACCGACAGAAGCACCUCAGGCGAGUGGGAACCGGGCACGACACAGCAUUUACGAUGUUUACGAAAAAGCCAAGGAGAGGCGGGUCGCCUUACAAAGGAAGUAUUGGGUGCAAGUCCUCUUCGAAUAUACAGUGUAUGUCGUACUUGCAGCCUUCAUCUAUUUCGUCCUCAUUGGGAUGCCUCUCUGGCGUGGUGCCGUUUGGUGGCUUUACUAUGUGGUUCGAACCAAGUUCGUCAUCCCAGGAGGCUGGGGGAUCACAAUUGGCCUUUCCGUUCUCUACGCGUUUACACCCUUACUGGUUCUCUUUGAAAAGAACCCACCGCCAGUGGACAGCAAUACGGCUGAUGAGGACCUGGAGCGCAAUAGAAACUCGGCCAAGACUACGGCCCUUCUAAUUCCAUGCUAUAAAUCCGCUGGCAUUAUCGGACCAACUCUUGACGCGGCGUUGCGCAUCUUUCCCCCGGAGAAUAUCUUCGUCAUCGCGAAUGGAAACGCUCCCGAGCCACUGGAUAAUACCGAAGAGGUCUGCCGGCCGUAUGGUGUCAAUCAUCUUUGGUGUCCCGUUGGGAGCAAAAUUAUUGCGCAGUUUGUCGGCUGCUAUGCAGCCAAGGACUUCCCCCAUGUUCUGCUGAUUGACGAUGACUGCGCGCUGCCCCCAAACUUCCCCGUCGUGAGUGACCGGCUAAAGGGUCGGAUCCAGAGUAUCGGCUAUACUAUCAAGAGUGUUGGACCAGGGUCCUCGCGCGGAACCCUGUGUCAGCAGGCCCAGGACCUUGAGUAUAAAAUCUCGGGUCUUCAGCGUGCGUUUGCUGGCUACUUGGGCAGUGCGACCUUUCCGCACGGGGCCAUCUCCCUCUGGCGGACAGACUUUCUCAAACAAACGUUCCAUGAUCAUCCGGGGUUCUCAGUGUCAGAAGAUUGGUUCUUUGGCGACAGCUGCCGCCGGCUAGGCGGACGUAUCACCAUGUGCUCGGCCGUCUUUGUGGAGACGGAGACCCCGGCCGCGGUCUUCUAUAGUUCAGGCGGUUCGCGUGGAGGAUUCGGCGAGAUGACCAUCUUCAAACAGCGCUUCAUGCGCUGGAAUUUCUUCUUCGUCAAUGGCAUGUGGUACAACAUGAAGUAUAUCUUAUGCAGUUGGAAUCUUGGAUUCUGGGAAUUGGGCGCGAAGCUGUUCGUUUUUCAGGAGGUUUACGAAACUCUACUAUACCUCCUCGCCCCGUUCAUGCUACCCAUCUCGUUUGUGGUUCGGCCGGAGUUCUGUGGCAUCAUGCUCGCUAUCACCAAUGGCCUGUACUUUUUGAACGUCAUUAUCUUCAACCUGGUCCAUCUCCGCUUGAAGAAGGAAUCCGUCAGCUGGAUAUGCCUGCUCUUCUAUUACAUGCCAUACAAAAUCGUCCUCUUUGUGAUCAACGUCGUCAGCUGUUACUGGUCUCUCUUCAAAUACGCCCGAUACUUUGCCACCAGACACCCCAAGGUCAUUGAGGACGAUAAAGCUGUCGAAGUCGUACUGCGCCUGGAAGAAACUACCGCAAAUGCCCCCAAACCCGAGAGCAAAGCCACCAGUCUUGGAAGAAGUUUCUCGGUCACCAAGGUGCGGGCCAGAAGGCCUAGCACCGCCCCGAAGCCCUCGGGGCCUGGGGGGGUGUCUGUUGCUGGGAUCGAAGAGAAUCCUCCAAUGAUUUGAUCCGCCUACUUGAACAUAUAUCCCUAUUUAUUAUAUAAUAUAGAUUUUGG